AUGAAUGUUGAGGUACGGUCAAGAGUCUUUGACCAAGAAGCUGGCUCAACUCUAUCCUCAUUGAGAGAUGGUGAUCCAUCAACACAACGAGCGUUCCGUUGUCUCCCUUAUGAAUUAGAUCUCAAUCCCCUACGCAUUGUAAUAGCGGAACUGGUGGGGACAUUCAUUCUAAUGUUCAGCGUGUGUGGUGUCAUAAGCAGUACUCAGUUAUCCGGCGGUCAUGUCGGGUUGCUAGAGUACGCCGCGACGGCCGGAUUAUCGGUGGUUGUCGUAGUUUACUCCAUUGGACACAUCUCCGGCGCCCAUCUCAACCCUUCCAUCACCAUUGCAUUCGCUCUCUUUGGUGGUUUUCCAUGGUCUCAGGUUCCGUUAUAUAUAAUGGCGCAAACGCUGGGGGCAACGGCGGCAACCUUAGCUGGGGUGUCAGUUUACGGAGUAAACGCUGACCUAAUGAUAACAAAACCUGCGUUAAGCUGCGUUUCUGCGUUUUUCGUUGAACUUGUUGCUACGAGCAUUGUUGUGUUUCUAGCAUCCGCGUUGCAUUGUGGUCCUCAUCAAAAUCUGAGUAAUUUGACGGGGUUAGUGAUUGGAGCAGUCAUAUCCCUUGGAGUGCUUAUUACCGGACCGAUUUCAGGAGGAUCAAUGAACCCAGCACGAUCACUAGGACCGGCGGUGGUGGCAUGGGAUUUUGAGUACAUAUGGGUUUAUAUGACUGCUCCGGUGAUCGGAGCCAUCAUCGGAGUUUUGACAUACAGAACAAUUAGCCUCAAAAGCAGGCCUUCUCCACAUUCUCCUCCGGUCUCUUCGCUUUUACGCUAA